AGAGUCAUGGAUGAGGAGGAGGAAGACGGGGGUGUUGAGAGGGAGGGGAAACUUCUUGGUGGGAACAAAAGAGGAUGUCGUGAAACAAGUUCUCUUCAGAGAGAAAUCAACAGCAAAGGAGUGCAAGACAUUUUGGGGAAUAGAGGGAGCCGAACACAAAGAGAGUAGAAGAACUUCAUUUUCUAGAGAAUCAAGAUGCACAACUUUACCCUCCUCCUGCUGGCCUUGUUGGUGGACUUCCUGUUAGCCGUUUCUUUGAACCCGGUAUCAUCUAAACCUCCCGUCACAAAAACCCGCAUCCGCUACAUCAGUGUACUUGACGACUACGAUGAAGAAGAAACCCCCAUUUCAAAAGUCCCUGAACAGGCUGGGGCCACUACCACUCAGUUUAUCCCUCGGAGGUGUGAAUAUGACCCUUGUGUGGUUCCCAAGGUUCCCUGUUCCGUGGUUGCUGCACAAACUAAGUGCUACUGUCCUGGAAUUACUGGUCCGGAUGAGCUGCCUACAGCUCCAGAGAUCAAAGAGUUGAAACAGGGAGCAUCUGGACUGGUAGAGAUCCAUUGGUGUGCACCACAAUCCACCGUCUCCUACUACAAAAUAAUCAUAGAAGGCAGCCACGAGCCACACAUUUUCAGCAAUUCUUCCCGUACUGGGUUGGUGCAGGGAGUAAAGGUUGGGUCACGAGUUUGUGUGGUGGCAGGGAAUAAUGUCGGAUUCAGCGCUGAAUCAGAAAUAUCUUGUGCUCUCUUUGAGCCUCAUAAGUCCAAUCAGGCCCCCCAGAUGUCAUGGGUCAUCGCUGGGGGCAUCAGCCUUUUGGUGCUAGCCUUGGUGUUGGCUGUGGUGUUGCUGUGGAGAUGGAGGAGGGGUAGGAAGAAUGCGAGUAUGGAUGGUGAGGGACUACGAAAUCCAUCCUACACCACAAAUGAAACACUGUGACUGAAAUUUAAGGUACUUAUUUAGAUGAUUUGCGUGAGUAGACACUGGGGAAGGUUCUUAGAAGCAUUAACAAACAUAUGCUUUUAAACAACACUUGCAAACCAUGCAUGAGGUAUGCUUAAAAGGACAGUGGGGAAAGCUUGAGGACAAUACAGACAAAAUCACUACCAAGAACCGAACAAGACAGACUUCAUACACCAUGGACAAAACACUGGGAUGGGACAGGGACAAGUUUGAAGCCCUACCAAAGGAAAGUCAGACUGCAAAUAAGGACAUUAACCAUGUGAGACUCUACAGUCCUCAUAAAAGGAUAUUGUUGUUUUACCAAACUAUGUCCUUGACUUUGAAGACAUUAGUAUCUAUAGUUAUCAGAAGCUAGUUAAUAUAAGUAGGGAGAAUAUUGAAAA